AUGGAUAGCGAACCAAAAGAUGGCAAUAUAGAUAAUUUUUUAUCACAGUUAAAUACAUUAAACAAGAUUAUAUCAUCAUUUAAAGAAACAUGUAAAAUAUCAUCUUACUGUUUUGAUAAAUGUGUUAAUUAUCCAGAAAAAAAUUUGAGCAACACAAACAAAAAGUGUAUAUGGAAUUGCACACAACGAUAUAUAGAAUGUGACCAUUUUAUAAAAAACCGAUCAAAAGAUAGUGGGAAAUUAUCGAACAUAAAUUUAAUAGACGAAAUAAAUGCGUCGAGUCUUGGCAAAAUUAAUAAUUAG